AUUUUUCAACACCCAAUGAGCCCCCAAAAAAUCAAUCUAAACUUGGGAAAAACUUGGAUGGAUAGUCCUGUCCUUCCCAAUCUUGUUUUCAAGUCGAACUAUUCAAUUCUAAGAUUUCAGAAGGAAAAACAAUGUCACUGGGCAACAACAAUGGAAAUCUAAUGGAAUCAAUCAACCGUGUGAUCUCAGAACCAUACUACUUACUCCAUUUUCUAGCAUUCUUCUCAUACAUUCCUAUUCGCUGUUCCGCCUCUAACGUUUUCUCUCCUCUCCGCUCGUCUCAUCUCCUUUACCGAGAAAUUCAAGCGGCUCUUGCAUUUUUUGUUUUAUCAGCUGUUAAGGUGGUGAAAGUGGAAACAUGGGAGGCUUUCAUAUCAGAUACUUUAUUUUUUGCAAAGAUUUUCUUUGUUGCUAUUGCUUUGGUAAUGGACUAUCAUGUGGCUCUGUGGUAUGCAUUAAUAUUUUCUGUAAUAUAUAUUAUAGCUCAACAACCUGCAUAUGAAGGACUAGGUACGGCAAACCAAUUAACACCGCUCCAGUUGGAAACUUUGCUUAGUGAAGGGAACAAGUCAAAAAUCUGGCUGGUUGGUUUUUGGACUUGCUCUUAUUAUUUCAGCAAAGAUAUAGAUUCUCUGUGCAUGUCUUUACAAAUGUAUUGUGCUAACGUAGUAGUGGGUGAACUUAUCAACAAAACAAAAAUAAGAAGUGAGAAAAAUAAAGUAGUAGUGGUUAUGAUGUAGGAUAGAGAAGAGAGUAGCAAGAAAGGGGGAAGAAACAGUAG